GUUACGAGCAUUCAACUAAUAGCUUUCAGACUAAAUAUAGAUGGUAUGACCAAAUUGAACCAAGUAUUGAUACUAGGGGGCCUUAUUCGGUUCAUUAUUCCAACCUUAUUACCACAAGUGGUGGAUAUUCUAUCAUCCAUUAUAGAAAUUUCAACACCAAUAAAUUCGUUUAAAUCAUUACAAGAAGCAUUCUAUUAUCUUAAUAAUGACAUUAACUUAUAUGAUGGAGGAAUUAAUCAUCAUCCUCCUGUAUUAGUGAUUUUAUUAUCAUUUAUAAAUGAUGUUGGAUCAUCUUUUGUCAGUAAUAUUUUAUUCAAUUUAUUAUACACAAUUGUAGAUUUAUACAUUACAUUAAAGUUAAUUGCUUUAAAUAAAUGGUAUAAUGAACAAUGGAAAGGUUCCACAAGAUAUAAUGAUGAUUUAAUAGCUAGUUUUUAUUUGUUCAAUCCAUUGCUUAUUGUUACCAACUUGUCCCAUUCCACGUUGAUAUUUUCUAUACUCUUCAUUAUUGAAGCAUUAAAUCAAUUAUUGGUAGUUAAAAACUUACCAAGAUCAAUGAUUGCUUUAUCAAUUGCAAGUUAUUUAUCAUAUACGCCACUUUGGUUAAUUAUUCCAUUAUUGUCUUUAAUGAGUAAUACUAAUCCUAAUGUUCCUAAAGCUGAAAUAUAUGGAAGAAAUUUAGGAUUCUAUAUAAUGGGAUUAAUGUUAUUUAUUAUGCUGUCAUUUUUAAUUAAUGCUUCAUGGCAAUUUAUUCCACAAGUUUAUGGAACAAUCUUUAUGUUUAAUAAAAUUCAACCCAAUGUGGGAUUAUGGUGGUAUCUUUUUACAGAAAUGUUUGAAUUUUUCACACCAUUCUAUGUUGGAGUGUUUAAUUUAUAUUCUAUAAUAUUUGUUAUCCCAAUUACAUUAAGAUUUACUAACGAUGGAUUCUUUGCAUUCUUUUUGUCAUUAACUUGGUUAAGUUUUACAAAAUCAUAUCCUACAAUUGGAGAUUUAGGGUAUGUAUUAUCAAUAAUUCCAAUCUUUAAAUCAAGUUUUCUUCAAUAUUGCAAGUUUUCAGUUAUUUAUAUAAUUUUGCUCAUUGUUUGUCUCAUUUUAUCUCCUAUAUUCUACUAUUGUUGGAUUGUUCUUGGGAAUGGUAAUUCUAAUUUCUUCUACAGUAUUAAUUUAAUAUGGGGGGUUAUAUAUUUAUUUAUAAUUAUGGAUAUAACUUGGGCUAAAUUAACCUUUGAUUAUAUAAUUGAUAAUGAAAUAAAAGAUAAAAAGCAAGUUGAAAAAUUAAGGUUAACUCAAAUAUAAAAUUCCAAAUUUCCAAAUUUCCUUUUUAGUAUUACUUCUAAAAUGGUUAUGUAUUAAGUGUAUAUUUAUAUAUUUUAUAUAUAUAUAUAUAU